UUAAAUGUAUGUUGUUGUUGUUGUGUUUUUGCACAACACUCAUCCUUUGUUUCUCAGCAUGUUAAUUCCUGACAGCACGGUUCACUUAAGCUUUUAAAGGGGCAGACUGUGACGUCAGCUCGCUCUCUGGACGUAUGCUAUAGUGCAGUAGCAGGACACACACACACACACACACACACACACCGACUGGCUGCUGAGUAUUAAUAUUCGCUUGGCUUUAUUAAACUACCCUACGCAUUGUCUGCAAAACGCAGGGGCAGACCGGGGGGAUAAACACAAAGGCAGAUUCCGCGACAGACGCUGCCGCACUUUCCCAAAUUGAAAUUUCUGUUAGACGUUGGGAGGGAAUUGAGAGAGAGAGAGAGAGAGAGAGAGAGAGAGAGAGAGAGAGAGAGAGGGAAGGAGGGAGGAAGCGAGAGGGGACUGCAGAACAUACAGGCUCUGGAUGAAUAACCAUGGCAACAGCAGCAGCAGCAGUGGAAGCGGUGAUAUAAACAUUGCAAACCGCGCGCAUCCCUCCGCAAACAGCGGAUCACUCAGUCAAGGCUGGACCCGAAACCCUCUGCGGAUAUUACGCUUCAUCACUGCUAAGGUGAUGAGUGGGAUUAUAUCAUGUCUGAAGUACAGGGAACACUGGAGUUUUCUGUAGAGUUGCACAAGUUUCACAAUGUGGAUCUCUUUCAAAGGGGGUUCUACCAGGUACAUGCCGGGCUGAAGGUCUCACCUCGAGUGCCCCACAGGUUGAUAGUGACAACACAAGACAAUACAGGAGAAUGCAGCUUCAGCUCUGCGGGGGUUUACGACGGCACCGUGUUCAGUCGGAUAUUUCAGAUCCUUUACAGGAAUGAAGAGAUUACGGUGAAUGACUGUAUGAUCUUCAAAGUCCAUCUGCUAUUAGACGGAGAAAGGGUGGAGGAGGCCUUAAGUGAGGUGGACUUUCAGCUGAAGCUGGACCUUCACUUCACCGACAAUGAGCAACAGCUUGCAGAGAUGGCGACGGUCCCCUUGAUCAGCAGUCGGACCCUCAGCCUCCACUUCCACCCACGGAGAGGCCUCCACCACCACAUCCCUGUCAUGUUUGACUACUUCCACUUGUCCGUCAUUUCUGUCUCCAUACAUGCUUCACUGGUUGCCUUACAUCAGCCGCUAAUCAGCUUUGCACGUACAGGGAAGGGCUCUUGGCUGGGGAAGGGCUCGCCAGAGAGCCCGAGCGACCCAUCUGCCAUGUCGGUAGAGAACCUUGUGUUCGGAGCUGGCUACUGCAAGCCUGUCAUCUCUGAGGGGAGCUUUUAUUUGCCCAGUGAAAACAGCCUGCAGAGAGCUCAUACGUGGCACCGGCGGCUCUGUCGCCUCCUGCUGGUCGCACACCAGGGCCUGCACACUUACCACUCUGCACUGAUGAAGGAAAUCCCACAGCUACAGCAGACUCCACUAGACUCAGAGGUGCUGCCUGUUGACGAAACUCUAAAUCAGCUUACAACAGAGUUACAGCUCCAGGAAGGCCAUGAGAGGGUAGCGGAGCAGAUCAGCAGGGACGUGAGCCAGCUCUGCUCCCAGCUGGCUGCUCUGUGGAGCCACUUCCUGGAGGCCGCUAUUCUCAACCCCCACAUCCUCUCCUAUCUUGCCCAGGAGCACCACACACUCAGGGUCAGGAGGUUCUCAGAGGCAUACUUCUUCACCGAACACUCCAAAGAGAUAUCUUUGACUUUUCAAGAGGAACUAAUCAACAGACAUGGCCAGAUAGCUACAGAAGUGCGGAGCUCAGACUACCUGACCAAGAUGCCUCCUUUACCUGUUGAGUGCCUGGAUAUCGAUGGAGACUGGAACAGCCUGCCCAUCAUCUUUGAGGACAGAUAUGUGGAGUCUCCUCAAACAGAGUGGCUAUCACAUGUGCCAACCACUGAUGGCCAGACCAACUCAGAUACCAACACCUCUCAUGUCAAUGGGAUUUUUGAAAGCAACCAGGGACCCAGAUCACCAGCAGUACACCAGGAUCCCUUGGACAGUGAUGAUUGCAUGGACCUACCUACAUAUGUCUCACUCAUGGCAGAGCAGAGUAAGACCAGUACCAAUAUCAGAAGUACCCAGAACCUCAUUCGUACCGAGGACAUUGCUGAACCCUAUCGAGCAGCGGCAGAGCACUUGAAGGAACCAGAAGAAAAACAAGGCCAGGAUAAAGAGAGCUGUAAUCCAGGCCUGGGAUACAUCACAGAUAUGCCUUCUGAUGUGGAUCCAUAUAGAGAAGAAGCAGUCCUGGUUCUCUCCUCAAACCACAAUCUCCUCACUGACUCUAAUAACAGCAGUGAUGAGUCUCCUGCUCAUCGUGCAACGGAAAAUAUCAUCCUACUUUGUGAUGCCACAAAUGACGGCAAUGCAACAGAGAGUGAAAAUAAUGAAGAGGAGUCUGAUAUUGCGAUGCCAUUAAAUCACUCCAUGGAUGAUGAGAUUGAGGAUUUUCCUCUCAUCACUGCCUAUGCGCAUCCAGUUAUACCUCCUUUUCCCGGUGAUCUCAGAAAAGAGGUGACUCAACGCGGAUGCCUGAUCGGCUCCAAGAUCAUGAAGCGCUCGUCCUCAGUUAUUUCGGACUCGGGUAUUGAGAGCGAGCCCAGCUCGGUGGCCUGGCCCCUGGAGGCCGCACUGCGAGGCCGACCUCCUCUAGACUUUUCCAGUGAACGGGAGAUCCCACAGCAAAUAGUGUGUCGCCACCCGGUCCACCGCAGCUCUCUGGAAGGCCUGCAGAUGGAGAGCAACGGCAGUGGAGGCAUACAGGCCUCACUCACUUCUAUCAGCUCCCUGCCCUACGAGGAGGACCAGCAGCAGAGGAAGCUCAGUAAACUGACUAAGUCAGUUUCGGCACCACAGAUAAGCAGCCCUGAAGACACUGAGGAGGACCAUGUGCUCCUCAACCAGGAAACAGAUACUAAGAGUUUAGCGCAAAACCAGGAUUCAUUGAAGAUCAACGGCUCUUCUUUGAACAGCAACCUGGAUUUGGAGCAAUCCGAAUCCUCUUUGUUAGAUCCGACUUCAACGUCAAAUCUUGGCCAUAUCCUCAAAGAGAAUAUUAGCUCUGAAAAGUCAAACACGCCACAGAACCUGUCAAAGACAUACAGAACCAAGUCAGCGUUAAGUGGUGUGUCUGAAGUGCUGCUUUUACAAGAGUCUGAAAAGAGCCCUCAUGUGAAGGGAAGCACUGUUAUUGGCAGCCAGGGGGAGAAUAUGAACCAUCAAACACACAUCAGUGGAGUAAGCGCUUCAGAGGAGGAUGUGCAUCUCGUUGAAACAGAAGCAGUGCCCUGCAGCUGUGGGAACAAACCAUGUGUGCAUAAAAGUGCAGAGGCACAGGAGAGAAUUAACACUGUAGAUCAUUGCCAAAGUUUCCUUCAGACUGAAGUGCUUAGUGUUGAGGGCCAGAAGUGUCUGGAUCCCUCCCGAUCACCUCUAGGGCUUCAACACACCAAUGACCUCCCCAGCAGUACCAUCACACAGAGGCCGAGUGAUCUUACAGGGCUGAUUGCCAACGAUAUCGCAUCACCCGUUGACCUCAGUGGGAUGUCAGCCAGUGAGAAAGAGCCUUUGGACUGCCAAACUAAGCCCUCUAAGAUCCCCAAUUCAGGGCUGGCCUUCGUGAAUAAGAAGAUGGUGGAGGUGGUGAACAUGUCAGUGUCCUGUGCCCCGACCUGCCUGCCAUUUUCUUCAGCGCUAAGAGACUCUCCAUCCAUCAGUGGAAUGUCCGCUCGCCAGACUACCUCACCUAUCACCCAUCAGCCACUGGGCUCCUUUGGUAUCAUCUCCUCGUCUUCGCUCAAUCCCUUGAACAUGGACGACGAGACCAACGAACGAAUGCUAAAUUUCUACAAAGCCAAAGACGAGCUGCUCAAAGAGUUGAGCUUUCAAGCCAGCCUUUACAGCGACCUCUCUCUCCUGGCAUCAGACCUGCCCUAUUUCCCCCCCGAGGAGGAUGACGAGGAGUUUGAUGACGGCAUACACCUUGUGGUGUGUGUCCACGGGCUUGAUGGAAACAGCGCAGACCUUCGGCUGGUGAAGACUUUUAUUGAGUUGGGACUGCCAGGAUCCAGACUGGACUUCCUCAUGUCUGAAAGGAACCAGACCGACACAUUUGCAGAUUUCGACACCAUGACGGACAGGUUGCUGGAUGAGAUCAUUCAGCAUAUCCAGCUGUACAACCUCACCAUAGGCCGGAUAAGCUUCAUCGGCCACUCUCUGGGGAACAUCAUCAUCCGCUCCGUGCUGACGAGGCCCCGCUUCCGCUGCUAUUUGCCCAAACUGCACACUUUCCUCUCGCUGUCCGGCCCACACUUGGGAACGCUGUACAACAACAGCACACUGGUCAGCACAGGUCUGUGGUUAAUGCAGAAGCUGAAGAAAUCAGGAUCCUUGCUGCAGCUCACCUUCAGAGACCACGUUGAUCCACGGAAAACAUUCCUCUAUCUCCUGAGUCAGAAACAAGGGCUCCAGUUCUUCAAGAACGUGGUGUUGGUGGCGUCUCCACAGGACCGAUAUGUUCCUUUCCACUCUGCCAGAAUAGAGAUGUGCAAAACCGCUCUCAAAGACAGGACCACAGGGCCCGUUUACACUGAGAUGAUCAGCAACCUUUUGCAGCCACUUAUGGAGGCUAAAGAGUGCCGGCUGAUCCGCCAGAAUGUGUUCCACGCUCUGCCCAACACAGCCAACACCUUGAUUGGGCGUGCGGCCCACAUUGCUGUCUUGGACUCUGAGCUUUUCCUGGAGAAGUUCUUCCUAGUGGCAGGGCUCAACUACUUCAAGUAAAGGUGCUAGUACUGCAAGCUUACAGGAAAGAACCUUUCAGUGGCUGAUGGAGCUGAAUUGGAGGAUAAGGUCCUACCUUCACUUUGUACAAUAUCUUAAAUGUAUAUAACGGUAUCCAAGUGGCAAGGCCUGUUUAUCCCCUUUGCUAGCAGCUGUUGUAAAAAAGACCAGUGUAUUGUGACUGAAAUACUAACUCAGAAGUCUGAGUUUGACAUGUAGCCAUGCAAAACAAAACAUCUGACAUUUAUCAUAGGAUUAAUUGUAGAUGUUUUAUGGCCUUAUUAAUAACCAGAGUCAGCCAAAACAGAUACUAAUUGUGGUCCAAAGCAUUUAACUACUUUCCCUUUAUAGUUGGUUUCAAGGCUUCCGAAUGGCUGGUUGAUUGAAUUCUUCCUCAAGGGUUACACCUUUGAUCUGAACAGUCUUAAACUGUACUUUGAGCCGAGGUAAUAGAUGGGUAGCAUUUAUCCCCUUGAUUGUAUAUGAAGUAUUUUGUUGUACAAAUAUGUUCCUUUAUACAAAAAUUAAUAUAUUGUUUAUAAUUAUUUAUUUUGUAUGUAUGUAUCUACAGUGUAAGUAGUCCAUCUAAAUGUGAUUGUUUGUGUGUUGUUAUCAUCAAAUCUAUCAAAUGAAAGUAUACAAUGGAGGCAAAAGUGUUACUCCAUGUAACCCCAAUAAUUCAGUAUAGCGGAUAUCUGUUUUUUCACACACGUGCAUCAGUUUGAUCUAACUCAUUGAUCCUGAUUAGCUAAGUGGUUUCAGCAAAACUGAGCAAUACAGUAUCUUUGAUACCAGGUGGCUCUAGCUGCUGUGUUAGCCUUCACUUCUUAAUUGAUUGUUUGCACUAAUUGAUUGAAGGGUUGAUUGAAUAAGUUCAUGAAAAUGAGCAUUUGCCAAGUCCCACCCUCCGCACGUUACUGUUGCCAAGCCUGUCAAGCUUACCAGACCAGUAAUACGGAAGAUUACCACUCAAAAUUCAUAGUAAUUUUUGGAACAAUAAUUCAUUGACAAAAGCAGACAAAAGUAAGAGUUAUUCCUCUUGGUUCUGUUGUUUCAAAUGACAACUUGUGCUGGUAGAUUAUAACAGCUAUAGCUAGCUAGCUAUUGUUAGCUACAUGAGUUGGUGGAACACACACUUUUUCAGGCUGACUACACUAAAUUACAGAAAGAUGUAGGAUCAGACAGUAAUUUCAUUCUAAAUUAUUCGAUACAUGUUUGUAUUUUCAAGCAGUAUUUUAACCUUAACGUUAAAAACAAAAAGGCUUGUCGGAUGAGAACUGAGUUUUGCAAAUGUACCAUAUUGGCUUAGUGUUCUCUUUCUCCAAUAAAGAGCUUCUAACGUUAGCCGAAACUCUGAUAGCAUUCAGGACCAGCUUCACAAAAAAGAGAAAUACUAAGCAGAGCUUUUUGCAAUGUAAGCUGUAACCCACGUAAUGCAACCUAGUUAGGUAACGAUGUGCUCCUCAACUUUGGAAUAAUGCUUGGUUAGCCUACCACUGGAGGUACAAAGCUAGUUAGCUGGACAUGCUAAUGUUUGCGGAUCACAUUUAACUCUCUCUCUUUGUAUACUGCCAUAAUAAUAAUAACUUUAUUUAUAUAGCACCUUUAAAAACAGAGUUUACAAAGUGCUUUGACAGACAAAGCACCAACGACUAACCAUGUACGUCAAUCUAACAUGUUGAAAUCCAAAGCUUUACAGUCUUAUUGCGUCGUUACAAUGGCUAUUCAAGGGUGGGGUUUAGCAAACGGUCAAUUUUCUUGAUAGACUAACUGACAGUAUUGAAGCAAAUACCACUUUAACACAUUUAAGUAAGAUGAUUUCCAUUUUGUUUUUUAAAUCAUGUGACAGGGAGACAGCUUACCGAUAUAAUUAACAGCAAAUCUACUGUACAUAAAAUGUGAAACUAAUUAUCCAUGACUAUACAGUACAAUAUUACAGUCUAAUGACCAUCUCUUUCCUAAUGAGCCUUUUAAAAUUGAAGAUUAAAAUUGUCUACACGGGGAUAGAUUUCAUGAGGCACUCAUUAUUUUUUUUAAAUGGCUUAAAUCAGGGUGUCAUUGCUUUUGUUUUCUUGAAAACUGGAUGCCUGUGCGUAAUACAGACCUACUGCCAAGAUUCUCCCUCACGCACUGUCAUGUUCUAUAAACCAACUUCAAUAUGAUGCAUGAUGAAAGCAGGGAGGCUCUGUCGUAGCAGACACCGUCUCGUGUUCCCGAAACACAUCCGAUGCCAUAUCUUGAUCAUCUCAUCAGCUAUCAAGCAAAUGUAUGAAUAUUUUUCUCCACAACAUUUGCUGUCACAUUCAAGCGUGACACGAGAGUUGUGUUUUUCCAGCAAACUGGGUGAGGACUGUUUCCCUAAUCACUAAGCUGUCCAUCAAAUGUUGUUUACAUUUAGACAUUAGAAAAACUGUCAUCAUAGUGCUGCCACAGACUCUCAUAUCCAGCGAUGGUAGCGCAUCUGCUGCGUUUGUAGUUAUGUACAUACAGAGAGCUAUAUAUAACCUUUGCACUGGUUUGAUGGCAAGUGCACUUUAUUGACA